GGAGCCCAGGGUGGGCGAGGCCGAGGGCGGGGCGGAGGAGCGGGCGGAAGAGCUCCCGGAGACGGGAGCUGGCCGGGGGCGGGACCUGUUCUGAUAACUCCCUCCGCCCGGGCCUGGGCCUGCACCCGUGGCCGUCAGGGCCGCGGAGCUGGGCUGCGCCUUCUGAACCUCGGCCCCGCUCCAUGGCGGCGGUGGCCAGACGAGAAGUUGGGGUGGAAUGCGGCUGACGCGGAAGCGACUGUGCUCGUUUCUCAUCGCUCUGUACUGCCUCUUCUCUCUCUACGCCGCCUACCACGUCUUCUUCGGGCCCCGCCGCCGGGCCACGGCCGCGUCCCCGCGGGGCCUCAGGAAGGGGGCGGCCCCCGCACGGGAGAGGCGCGGCCGAGAACAGGCUACUUUGGGAAGUGAAGAAUGGAAUCCUUGGGAAGGAGAUGAAAAAAAUGACCAACAACGCAGGUUUAAAACUAACCUUCAAAUAUUAAAUAAAUCCACCAAAAGAAAAACAGACCUCAGUGUACAAAUCUGGGGCAAAGCUGCCGUUGGUUUGUAUCUGUGGGAGCAUAUUUUUGAAGGCUUACUUGAUCCCACUGAUGUCACUGCUCAGUGGAGAGAAGGAAAUUCAGUUGUAGGAAGAACACAUUUCAGCUUCAUCACUGGUCCAGCUGUAGUCCCAGGGUAUUUCUCUGUUGAUGUGAAUAAUGUAGUACUCGUUUUAAAUGGAAGAGAAAAAACAAAAGUCUUUUAUGCCACUCAGUGGUUACUUUAUGCACAAAAUUUAGUGCAAACUCAAAAACUCCAGCAUCUUGCUGUUGUUUUGCUUGGAAAUGAGCAUUGUAAUAACGAAUGGAUAAACCAGUUCCUCAAAAGAAAUGGAGGCUCUGUGGAGCUGCUUUUCAUAAUAUAUGACAGCCCCUGGGUUAAUGAAGUGGAUGUUUUUCAGUGGCCUUUAGGAGUAGCAACAUAUAGGAAUUUUCCUGUGGUGGAAGCAAGUUGGUCAAUGUUACAUGAUGAAAGACCAUACUUAUGUAAUUUCUUAGGAACCGUUUAUGAAAAUUCAUCCAGACAAGAACUAAUGAACAUUUUGAAACAAGAUGGGAAUGAUAAGCUUUGUUGGGUUUCAGCAAGAGAACAGUGGCAGCCUCAGGAAACAAAUGAAAGCCUUAAGAAUUAUCAAGAUGCUUUGCUUCAGAGUGAUCUCACAUUGUGCCCAGUGGGAGUAAACACAGAAUGUUAUAGAAUAUAUGAGGCUUGCUCCUAUGGCUCCAUUCCUGUGGUAGAAGAUGUAAUAACACCUGGUGGUUGUGGAAAUACAUCUGUUCACCGUAAUGCUCCUCUGAGAUUACUCAAGUCCAUGGGGGCACCUUUUAUCUUUAUUAAGAACUGGAAGGAACUUCCUGCUGUUUUAGAAAAAGAGAAAACUCUAAUUUUACAUGAAAAGAUUCAAAGAAGAAAAAUGUUGCUUCAGUGGUAUCAACACUUCAAAACAGAACUAAAAAUGAAAUUUACUAAUAUUUUAGAGAGUUCAUUUUUAAUUAAUAAUAAAGGUUAACUGUUAAUUA